AGUUAUAUCCCAAACGCUUCAAAAAGUAAUCCGCUCUGUCCGAACCGAAGCACAAAAGAAAAUCAGUCAGCAUGCCUCCCUACGCUACCCAUCAAGAAGACCACUUCGAAUCCAAAGUUGUUCUCAGCUUUCACCCCCUGGAUCCUCUCCUCAAUGUGCCAAAUGCGAUUGGAUCUAACAAGAUGGCGCCUUCCGGCACCAGUAGCAACACCAAUUCGAUGGAGCAUCCCGUCACGGCCAUGUCUUCUCUCGAUUCGGAAGACACCUCGUCCUCUUCCGUGCUGGAGAGGUUGCUAGAUUUCAACCCCUGCAUUGGCAUGAUGGGAAAAAGAAGAAACAGUAGUGCUGAUGCCGGCGAGGAAGAGCCCAAGAACAAAGCCGCAUUUUCGUUCUCCAAUCCAUACUCUGCCAUCUUCAAAGAUCGACGAUGUUCCGAAUGCGGCGGAAAGUGUACGAAGCUGAAGGGUUAUUCUAAGGUAAUCGUCGCUAACCAUAUGUUCGAAGAGGGAACCAGCAGAGAACUUCCCAUUGAAGAAAGCAGCAGCACUAAGAAGAUUUACCUUCACAAAUGGUGUUCCCAACUACGGGACUACCGAAACGAACACAAAGAGGGUUUCAAUGGAGUCCUGUGCCAACUGAUGGACUACUUUCGAGCACUCGAACUCGAGGCCCAAAUGAAGCGAGAGGCAGAGCUUCGCAGAAAGCAAGAAGAGGUGGCUCGUGACACCAUAGAUAACUCCCAGAUCGACAGAAACCUAGCGGAGGGGCAGAAGAAAAACGCCACAAAAGGUUUCUUGAAGCGUGUCAAGAAAUCUGGCAAACGCAUCCAGAAAUCCUUUUCGAUGAAUGCAUGCAUGGGGAUAAACCGCAGCAAGUCUGCUMACAAUACCACUGCAAUCACCAGCGCAGUAGACGAAUCGGCCUUUUCGCGUCGGGAAAUCUAAGGCUGCAAAGGGUGAUGGCAGAACCUUGCCUUGCGCUCAAAUCUAUGUACAAUCCAGCCUCUCCUCACCAGCCGAUACGUCGUCAUUAGUACGAAGACACGUACAACAAGCACUCCUCCUGGUCUUUGCAGCAUUCCCUUUUACUUCGUAGUAAACCACCAUAUUUAGU